UCGUUAGUGCAGCAUAGCUGCUGCAGCAGACGCAGCUGGCACCCGUCUGCACGUCUCGCCCUCACCACUUACAUGCAAGCCAGCUAGGACCUGCACACCUGCAUUUCUUUGCCCCAAGACCUUGUCUGGCCUUUGAGAUUCACUUUGCUGGAAAGGGCCAAGGAGUCACCACCCAUCCCAGGCCCACAGCUGUCCUCCUCCACUGAAAAAUGGAAUUGAUGCUUAAAACCUUCCCUUGCCCCCGGCUCAGGCGGGAAGUUAAAUUCUGAGGUGUGUCCUGCACUGACUUCCGGGGUCCCCAAAGGGAUUCAGUGGCCUGUGGUAUGACUGGGUUGGUAACACACCCUUUACCGACUGUCCCACUUCCCCACUGCCUUAGGGCAUUCCCUCCACAUCUUAAACAAACUGCUUGCAUGGAGAAAGUCACCUUGGGGCCUUUUGGGAAAACCCAGGGGAGGUAUCUGACAGCGUGUGGUCUUUGAUUUUCCCUGCAGUCCAUCGUGCGAUGUGUCCCUGGCAUUGGGAUCUACUUCGGCACUCUCUAUUCUUUGAAGCAGUAUCUGCUGCGAGGCCACCCGCCCACCGCCCUGGAAUCAGUCAUCCUGGGGGUGGGCUCGCGCUCUGUGGCAGGAGUCUGCAUGUCACCUAUCACUGUGAUCAAGACCCGCUACGAGAGCGGCAGGUACGGCUACGAGAGCAUCUACGCGGCCCUGAGGAGCAUCUACCGCAGCGAGGGCCACCGCGGCCUCUUCUGCGGCCUGACGGCGACGCUCCUCCGCGAUGCGCCCUUCUCCGGGAUCUACCUGAUGUUCUACAACCAGACCAAGCACAUUGUGCCCCACGGUAGGACUAGAGGAAGGUGUGGCGGGAGGAGGGCCUCCUGAGACUGCACGCCUUCA